AGGCGCCGCGAUAGGCCCAACCGGGCGGCUGGAGAGAGCGGGAAGCGCAGCGGGCGUGCAUCCUCUUCCGCCCCGGCCCGGAAGGGUGAUGUGGCUGGACCAGCACCGGCCUCACUAUGUCUGCCAUUUUCAAUUUUCAGAGUCUGUUGACUGUAAUCUUGCUGCUUAUAUGUACGUGUGCUUAUAUCCGAUCCUUGGCACCCAGCCUCCUGGACAGAAAUAAAACUGGACUAUUGGGAAUAUUUUGGAAGUGUGCCCGAAUUGGUGAGCGCAAGAGUCCUUAUGUUGCCGUAUGCUGUAUAGUGAUGGCCUUCAGCAUCCUCUUCAUACAGUAGCUUUGGAAACUACCAGUGUGUGAUUGCCAUCAGACUCUGUAAACAAGGACUUGCCUCCAGAAAAUAACGGGAAGAAUAGUUAACCCUUUUAUCUCUGAACAUGAAAUGAGAUAAAUUUUGAGAUGCUGUUCUCUGUUUUUAUGCUGUUGGACCAAUGAGCUAUAUAAAUAAUUAAGAUGUAACAGUUUAAUACACGGGAAUGUGAUUAUAGCGAUCAACCUCAGUUCUGUCAUCCAGUAUUACACUCUGGCAAACGUCGUUCUGUUGUGUGGGGACUGCUUUUCAUAAGGUUCUUGAGGGCACGAAGUAGAACACAGAGCUGGCGGGCGGAUUCCACAGGCUCCUUUCACUGGGCUGAAAAUGUCUUCACAGAGUGAGACCUUCUAACGACUGGCCUGUUGUAUUGAGAAAAACUGUUCUAUUUUUGUUGUUACUGUUCUAUGGAUUGCAUUCAUAUUUAAACCAUUGUGAUUGCUAACCAGAGUACCUCUGUUCUUGGCAAAUUAUUACAGGUGUAAAAAUAUUUCUUUAACAUAAGAGUGAGGCUUCUGGUCAAGUGUGGUCAAAGACAUAGAUGCCAUCCUAUGAAAAAGAAUGGAAAAAGCAGUGGAACAGUGAUAGACUUAAUUCAUGUGGUUUUCAUUCUCUUAGUGUCAAACCUUCCAAAUAGAGCAGCCAUUGUAGUUAUCCCAAAGGUGGGUUUGUUGUGUUUUUAGUGCAUCACUUUAAAUCUGGUUUCUUUUCUGUCAUCUUAAACUGGAAUCACUUCUGACUUUGUAGAUGAUAAACACAUCUCAUACCUGCUCAGUCUGGAUACUGUGGUCUAAGUAUCUCUCAGCUUUAACACCGAAGCAAGAAUUUGGGCAGUUUGUAAUAUGGGUGUGAGAAGACUGGCGAUGAAGCAUACAUAUCAAAGGGCACUUAGAAGUUGGUGUUCACCAGUUCUUCAGGUUCAGCUGGAAAUCCAGUGCUGUUUCAAAGCUAAGAGGAAUUAAAUCUACCUGAAAAUGCUUACUACACAUAACAUUUAUCAUUUAAAUACUGGUUUGGGCUGUACCUUUAAAAGUAAAAGGGAAACUUUUUCUUAGAAAUGAAAUUCCUACAGAAACAAAAAGUGCUGAACUUGAAGCCUUCUUUAAAGCAGCAUGUAUCUACUAUCACUCUGUAGCCCAAACAGGCACAAAGCUCGCUAGACCACCAGCUUUUACAGACUGCUUGAAGCUAUAUGGAUCAUAUCUAGGGUAACAUCGAGGACGCUUACUUUGUGGUUUCUUGGGAUUAUCUGUUUUCAAAAAGAUCUUUAGAAUGUCAGUAGCUAGUUAAAACUGGUGUAUUGUACUUUGGACAGGAAAUCAUAUGGUAAUUAUUCUACUCUGAACUGCAUCUUGGGCUUCAUAUUAGGUCAAGGAUUUUCAGGGCAUCCCAAAAGUAGGACUCCCUCAUCAGCAUAUUUGUGCACAGUAACCUUUCAAGGUCUGAUUUCAGGGUGGCCACCUGUUGUGCAUCUCUGCUACCAACUGAAUUUUCCAGAAGUGUUGUCAACUUUUUUCCUAAGUUAGAACACAUCUCAUAAAAAGGAGAGAAUAAAGGAUCUAGUCUAAGAUGUUCUGUUUAAUUUGCCAUUUCAGACAGUGUAUAUGGAAAUGAGAAGAGACAGAUAAAACAGUUAACUGUAUAGCAGCUUAUUUCUACCCUACCAUCCUGCUCUUUUAAAGUAUGAGUUCUUGGGAGUGUAGGAAAGAUACAAAGCUACAAGAUUUUAUAAAGAAGAGCAGUUAACAUUUUCGAUGUGUGAAAACUGACUCCUAUUUUCCAAGCCACAGAGUGAUGUAGGGUUGUGAAGCCCACAGAAUAUUCAGCUCUGUGCUGUGGUGGGAUGUGGAGAAGCAGUAAAGCACACCGGGCAGCUGGCCUCUGCACAGAGACAGUUUACAGCAGCGGGAGGGGGCCAUUGAGACCCAGAGCCAGCAAGCUCCACGUGUUCUCCCUGGUUACCUAGCUGGCUUGAGUCUUUAAUCCAUGUCUCACAAUCUGUUCUGUGUUGGCGUUUGGUUCCUGAUGAGUUUCAUCGGUGUCAUUGACAGGGCAGGGACAUGUCUUACUUCCAAGUAGUCUUGCAAGAUAGUCAAAGGCCACAUAUAUGUCAUAUUUGUCUUUUAAACUCCAGUCCAGUGUCUUGCUAAUAUCUUUUCUGCCUAUACCAGAAACUAUCUUAUAUGAUUCCAUUCAAGAUGUUUCCUGCUGGGGUUAGUAAGAAUAUGAAAUUUAUAAAUUUCUUCAUCUUCAUAAUAAAGUCUUAGUCUCAUACUAUAGGAUGACACGUAUUUCCAUGAAUUAACUUUUCCAAGUUUACAGAGUCCAACACAUCUUUGCCACUAUUUGUGAAAAAUAUUUAAUACUUGUAAAUAGUAUGUUUUAGGAAACAUUUACACACUUCAUAUGGUGUGUGACCAUUGAAAAUAGAAAAUCUAGCCAGGCGGUGGUGGCACACGCCUUUAAUCCCAGCACUCGGGAGGCAGAGCCAGGCGGAUCUCUGUGAGUUCGAGGCCAGCCUGGGCUACCAAGUGAGUUUCAGGAAAGGCGCAAAGCUACACAGAGAAACCCUGUCUCGAAAAAAAAAAAAAAAGAAAGAAAAUCUGAGUGCUUUCUCUUUAUUCAUAAUGUACAUUAAAGAUGAGACUAAUGUAUAUGAAGUAUAAUAUGCUAGCACUUGUUAUUGAGAUAAUCCCAAGGUUCUAGAAGAAAAUGAAGAACAAUGGUUCAUUGAGGGUAGAGCUUCUAGAAGAGCAUGGAAUCAGUUGAACUUGGCAGUGGUUUGCAAAACCACAGUUGGAUGUUAGGGAUUAUAUGUCCCUUAGUGUGUUGUGGCACUGAUGAAAUAUGGUGUGAACCAUUAGGUGGGCAGACGUCAUGGAGAGUCAUGUAUUUUACCUACCUCAAAACUGAAGUUGUGUCUUGUUCCUCCUGCCUCACAAAUCCUUCAGGGGGAUAAUUAAAUUUCCCUUGGUCUAUGAACAAAAAGGUUGACAGUGGAAUACAAUAGUAUAUUCUCUUGAUAUUUCUCUAAACAUUGUAAAGGCAACUAGGCAGUCAAGACAGAGUUUUCAGAAACUUGUAAAAUCUCGUAUACCAUCUGAUAAAAGUAGUCCCCAAUGUUAAAGCAAAUACCCACGCCAAAAGUGCACUGUUUACAUUUCCUGGAUGCACAGAAAAUAUUCCCACUCAUCAAGAACUUAAGCUUCACAAAAACCCUUGGAAAGUUUUUCCAUCUUUGCAAUCUGAAAAUACUUAGGGGCCACUCUUCUCUUACUUUUGUAUCAUCUAGUAAUAAUACAUGUUCUCAAAGUGGUGCUGGCAAUGACCCUGUGACCUUCACCAGAAACUGACUAGCUUCUGAGAAAUAACUUCAUAUUGUUUCUCCUUUGCUCUAAACUAAUUCUGAAAUAAACUGACAUGCCAUUCCAGUACCUUUUGGAGAAAAGAGAACUAUCGUAUUUAAAAGUGGAGGUAAUCACCCUACUCUGGUUAGUUCCUAUGUCUGCUAUGUAAUAAAAAGUGAAUUGUCAAAAUCUU